UACACCCUCAGCGUCUUCAUCUUACGUUACGCAUCGUAUAAUCAGAGUCCUUUCUGUCCUCAGUGCAAGCAUCCGUUUCAGUUUCUCAGUGUUCAUCGAUCACCAGAUGGAAGAUAUUUUGAUCCUGGCUAUAUAGUAUUCAUGUUCGAGGAGAGUGUUUGUCUGCUCAUUAGAGCCACUUGGUUUGUGCCUCUACCAUUGGAGGCUCAGGAAGAAUCCUCCUAUGAACAAGAAGCUAUCUAUCAGUAUGAGGAUGAGGAGGAUAACGAUCUGGAUGAUGAAGCUGACGAUCUGAAUGAUGAAGCUUACUUUGGCAGCUCCUCAAGCCUUCGUAUCGGUAAUCGUAGGUGUUUUAUACCUCUUUCAUACACCUCUUUAGUAUCUGGAUGAUGAUCUGGAUGAAUUUUGCCCCUUUUUUUG